UGAACUUACCCUGUGGAGGAGGAGCACGUCAGGCAGUGCUUUGAAGAACAACGCCACAUGACGAAGUGUCAGAUUUACUUAACUGCGAAUUCCUUUCGGUGGAGUGGAACUGAAUAUAUGAAAAGGAUUUCUUUGCUUCAAUGUGUGUGACAGAGGAGUUUGGCGUUUUCCACUGUCAAACACGUACCAGAUGACCAUCCUUGUGUCAAACCUGACUCAGAGCAAAGCAAAGUUGCAGGUAAAGUGUCUGUGUGUGCUUAUGUUCCUGAGCUUCCCUCUGACUAUGGCUGAGAUCCCUGGGCCGUGCAGACACUCCAUCACUAGAGAGCACCUGCUGACAGUCAGGCAACUGAUGGACAACCAGUUAAGAAGUGGGUGCACGAUAACCUACACAUUCAUUGAGCGGAGAAGUUUGAGUAAAUGUUGCUUUGUGAAAGCUGCUUUACCCUGGAUCCUGGAGCUCCUCACAACCCACUUCAAAUAUAACCGGGGUUCAGUCAAUGAUGGCUAUGUUCAGUCUCUGAGAGCGCUCAUUCUCAACAUCUAUUCUCAAAAAUGUGUGCCUCAGAUAAACGAAGAGGUCGAGGACAAACCAGAGAGUUUUGAGAUGACCUACAGAGGUUCUCCUUCAGACGCACUCAGGAGGGCUUUGGACGUGUUGUUUGUUUACUGGGAGCUGGUGACGACCAGCGAUGCACCAGUUGAUUGGAGAUGUCAGCACGAAUACACAGAAAUAUUUGACUCAACUACAGAGCAAACCUCAGAGACACCCACAGAGUAUUUUACAGAAAGUUAUGGUAGGAACUCAGCGAAAGCCUCUCAAAGAAGACCGGUCAAAGAUCUGUACAAACUUGGCUUUAUCAUCGCAUCCAUCUGUGGAGGACUGCUGUUAAUACUUACCCUCUAUUGUCUCAUCACACACAAGAGAACUCAUGGAUCGAGAUCGUAUACAAAUUCAAGUGAUAACGGCCCUCAGGACUUAGAGAUGGAACCAGAGUAACGCAGAGAAGAAGCCGUCACUGCAGCAGCAGACAGAGCACUUGUGAAGCUGCACAUUUCACCCAUCAUGAAGUAGUCUCCAUGUCAGUAUUGUAUGUGUAAACGUAUCAGGCACAACUAUUUAAUCAGAAGCUUUGCUUUGACUGAGAACAAAGAUGGACCCUGUUUUUUUUUUUUUUUUUUAAAUAAUAUUCUGUGUAUAUUAUGUUUAUGCAUCAUUGCAGAUAUCUUUUUAAGUUCACUAAAAAAAAAGUUUUAUUUUUACACUAGUCAUGUACAUUGAAUAAUGUGUCUCGAUUUGCUACCACUUAACCGGCUGUUUGUAAUGUUGUUCACCAAACAUUUCCACACGUUAUUAUUUAUUAUUUUGACUCUAUUCAUUCACUGUAUUGAUAAUAAAAGUUAACCAUCAAUACAAGUUGAAAUG